AUGAAAAAUGUGCGAUUAUUAUUUUUGGCUUUAGUUUUAUUAGCUUCAAUUUGUUUAAAUAAAUGUUAUGGAUCAGGACCAGUUGUAAUUUUUAAUGAUGGUGGAUAUGCUGAUGAUAUUGUAGUUUAUCAAUCUUCAGUUAAUAGUAAUGUUGUAGAGAAUGCAGAGAAAGAUAACACUUGCAAACCAGGCUGGUUAAAAUGUGUAAAGGCAGUGACCUACAAUGAGAAUGGUUUCUAUGGUUUUAGAAACAGAGAUAUCUUUUUCACUAGUGACUGUAAAUAUAUUGAAUUCACCAUUAAAGUAAUUCCACACAGUGAUGCCACUGGAUCCAGCAGUAGCUCAACUGACACACCUGCACAAUUAAAUGAUGGAUCAUCGUCAUCAGCAGUUGUACCACCAAAAAUCCAAUGUUCUGUUGAAACUGUUGGCAUACCAAAACGUAUCACCUUGAAUUUAAAUUCCACCUAUGUUAUGACUGGCAAUAGCGAAGAUUCACCAAUUGAUCUUUCCGAUUGGUCUUUUGUUAGAAUUAAAUUAUCCGAUUUGAAUGUUGAUGUCGAUACCUUUAACUCUUUCCAAAUUUGGGCCGAUCAAAGAGAUACAACCAUCAUUUUCGGUGGUGCUUCUUUUGUUGCUUCUCCAACUUCACUCUAUCCAAUUGGAACAACCUCUAAUUCAUUUGUACUUAAAUCUUCUUUAUUCUUUAUUUUUAUAUCUGUUAUUACUUUAUUAAUUUUAUAA